UCAGCUAUCUCCAAAACAGUUUAAAUCGUGAGUGAAAGUCAGACAAGCGAGAGGUCACUGUGCAAUAAAAUGGGAUUUUGCACAACUGAAUCCAUCUAUUUUCUUCCAAAUUAAGGUCGCCACACGGUACACUGAUUAUUGGUGGGGCUGCAACCACACCCAGCCAUGAAUAGAACCUUGCGGCCCUCCAUCUUGUUGCGCUGGUUCUUCCGGGAGGGCGCCCAUAAAACCCAACUCACCGGCGCCCCCCUCUGGCGGCGAGCCUCCCCCAGCCCCAACCUGGCCAGAGCGCACUCCUCGGACAUCAAGGUGCGCUCCUACCUGCAGUAUCUGAAGCGGAAGGUGAGGGCCCCGCCGACCCCGCCCUACAGCCACGUGUGCCAGGUGGGCGACCCUGUGUUGAGGGUGCGGGCGGCCGAGGUGGACGCGGGGGCAGUGGGGGGGGCGGAGGUGCAGAAGGUGAUCGGGACACUGGUGCGGGUUAUGCGCAAGCGAGACUGCAUGGGCCUGAGUGCGCCACAGAUCGGCGUGCCGUUGCGCAUCCUGGCGCUGGAGUACCCCGAGAGCAUGAUGCACGACUGGUCGCCUGCCGAACAGGAAGCCCGCGGCCUGGCGCCCGUCCCGCUCCGCGUCUUCAUCAACCCGCGGCUGCGUGUGCUCGACUCGCGCACCGCCACCUUCCUGGAGGCCUGCGAGAGCGUCUCGGGCUUCUCCGCCUGUGUGCCACGCUACCUGUCCGUGGAGGUCUCGGGGCUGAACGAGCGGGCAGAACCCGUUUACUGGCAGGCCAGCGGCUGGCCAGCGAGGAUCCUUCAGCACGAGAUGGACCACCUGGAGGGGGUUCUGUACGUAGACCGCAUGGACAGCUACACCUUCACCAACAUCCACUGGGAGGAGCACAAUGAGUGACCGCACAGUCUGCUGCACCUUAAACCAGAGGGUGGGGGACCACUUCCUGGAGUUCUGCUGCCACAUCCCAUAUGUGGUCAUCGCCACCUUUGCCCAGUUGGCUGUAUACACCAAUGUUGGUUCACAGCGAGUGACAAAGAGAGAACAGUUUGCUCUGUUUUAAUAGUAAAUCAUUUAUUUGGUGUAAGUUAGGAAUAAAAUGUAUUAUAACGUGUAUAAUAUAUUGUUUGAUUGUAUUUUCUUUGAAAUCAUUUCAAUUCAAUUAUAAUAUUUCAAUUAUUUCUUCUGGUUUAAAAAAAAGAAAAUAAAUGUAAACAGCUUGGAGGACGAUUCAUUUCAGUAAUUUCAGGAAUUUAUUAUGAAGCUAAAUUAAUUUCAUCAAUUGAAACGUCCUCGUAGAACAUGGAAAUUGUUUCAAUUCAUCAAUUUAAUUUGAAUUAAUCUCCUGAAUUUACUUAAUCAAAAUUGAUUUCAGUCUUGAUUUUUAACAAUGAAAAGCAGUGUUGCGUAGUCAUUUGUAUAUUUACAAGGAACAACAGGAGCCACAAUACCUUAUGGAUAGUAUUUUUUUUAUGUAACGUAAACUCCGUUCUCUGUGUUCUGAAUGCUACGUUAGCACACUAUGUUCCAAACAGUGCAACCUUCAUGAUGUAUAACUUAAAAUAGUUCUAGAUCAGCUUUGGUUUGUGUGUGUGUAAAAUACACUGCUCAAAAAAAAUUAAGGAAACACUUAAGGAACACAUCAGAUCUUGAUGAACGAUUUAUUCAAGUUGAAAAUCUUUACUGAUGUACAUUGUAUAAUUUGUUGAGAACUGUAAGAACCCCCCAAAAUACACCAAAAGGUGGAAGUAUCUGAGAUCAAUGCUACUGGAACAGGCUUAAUUUAAUUUUGUUCUCGUUUAUCUGACUCCAAAAGAUAAGUUCAACUGAUCCUCUGUUCUAACAGUUCAAUAAAAGGAACUGCAAAUGUCCGCCAAUAGUGUGGCUCUAUACCAUCGCUAUCUAUCUAUCUAUCUAUUUAUGUAGACGCAGAUGUGCCUGUGGCCUGUGUACCUACGAUGAUAUACUUUUGUGUCUUGUGACGCCACUGGUGAAUAGGCGAGUGACUACAGGGUGCAGGUAUCCCAGGCUGUCUAUGUCUGUUAGGACUCUAAACUGCUAAGUGUGCAGUGGUGCGAGUCUUAAGAGGAUGCAGGUUCAAAUUAAUACAAUUUAUUAAACAAUGUGCAUUGCAGAAAUAGAAUUGCAAUGUGUUACAAGAAUUACAAGAUGUAAUAUGAAUGGCUAUACGCGAAUGGUGCGCAGGAGGUCGUAUUAGUGAGUCUCCUCAAACCAUUCCACGUUUCCCUUUAUAUACCCAGGGUUUACAGGAAUAACAACAGAUCAUCGAAUAGAGUCACAAGACGGCGUUACCAACAAUGGCCUUGCUGAUGUUAUCUCUGUCUAACAAACCUGGUUAACCUUUGUAUCACAGCUGGAUGCGGACUCACAGGUAACUUGCAUUACCUGUAGUUUAUUCCUACAAGAUCUUUAUUCAGCAACCAGUGUACUACACUACCAAUGACACCAAACCAUUUCCCACAACAUUAGCUAUCUAAAGACACCAAACACUGUAUGUGGAAAACCCAUGGUUUAUACAGUGCUAUUUAAACUCAUCAGUUCUGGGAGCAUUCCACUCUGGUGACAGAAUUGCGCAGAGGCAGCACAAUGAUGGGAGCAAUAGUCCUGUAUUGACGAGCACUGUCUUUUCCUCAAACCUUGCUGACCCUAUGUCAACAUGGUAAACACAGUCUGUUUCCUUUUGGGGGUCUAAAGAGAGGCGCACUUAUGUAAAAUGCCCUACAAGAGUAACAGCGAAGAACCAAUGAAUGAUAUUGAUUGUGCACAGGUGUGAUUAGAGUGCGCUCCUCUCAGGGCGGAACCCGUUACCUGGUAGGCCAGCGGGGGUGCACAGGUGUGACUGGUGUGUGCUCUCCUCAGGGCUGAACGAGCGGGCGGAACCCGUUACCUGGAAGGCCAGCGAGGAUCCUUCAGCACGAGAUGGACCACCUGGAGGGGGUUCUGUACGUCGACCACAUGGACAGCUACACCUUCACCAACAUCCACUGGGAGGAGCACAAUGAGUGACCGCAGUCUGCUGCACCUUAAACCAGAGGGUGGGGGACCACUUCCUGGAGUUCUGCUGCCACAUCCCAUAUGUGGUCAUUUCCACCUUUGCCCAGUUGGCUGUAUACACCAAUGUUGGUUCACAGCGAGUGACAUAGAGAGAAGAGUUUGCUCUGUUUUAAUAGUAAAUCAUUUAUUUGGUGUAAGUUUGGAAUAAAAUG